AUGUUCCCCUGUCUCCCCCACUUCUAUUUCCUCCUCUGCUGCCUGAGGAGCUCUUUGGGGAAGAGCCAGGACUUCCUAGAGCCACAAGUUCCACUGAAAGGUCCCCUUUCCCACGUGCAACAGUAUGAAGUGGUUGAACCCCUCCAGUUACCUGUUUUAGGGAUUCCAAGAGAACUCUCUUCAGACGCCCUUGUGUAUCCCGAGACUGUGCGCUACCACCUAGGCCUGAGAGACAAUAACUUCACCCUCCACCUCCUUAGAAAUAGGUACUUGGUGGGGUCAGACUACACAGAAACCCACACCUUGGCUAAUGGCACAGAGGUGACUGAGAGGCCAAAGGAAGAGAAACACUGCUUCUACCAGGGCCAUGUGGAGGGGCACCGGGAUUCCUCUGUUAGCAUCAGCACCUGUUAUGGGAUCCGAGGCUUUUUCCAGAUCGGCCCUACCAUCCAUCUGAUUGAGCCACUAGAGAGACAUGGCAAUGCCCAGGGGAAACAUGCAGUCUAUAGGGAAAGGCAUUUUAAGAAAAAACGGAGCCCCUGUGGUAUCCGCAGGUCUGCCCUACGGGGAGAACUGGAGAGAAAGAUGGAUACAAUCUACACACCCCGGAGCUGGGUACCUGGAUCCAUCCCAAAAGAAACUCACUAUGUGGAGCUCUAUGUGGUGGUGGAGUACACAGAGUUCAAGAAAUAUCGAAACUUAUGGGACAUACGCAAUAGGGUGAAGGAAGUUGUAAAUCAAAUAGAUCGGUUUUAUCAGCUGCUCAAUUUCCGAGUGGUUCUAAUUGGUCUGGAAAUAUGGGACCAAGGUAACAAGGCCUCAAUCACCAGUGACAUACAGUCUUCCCUGAACAGCUUCCUGAAAUGGAGGGAAAAUCAUUUAAUCAAGAAGAAGAAACAUGAUAAUGCCCAGCUGAUCACAGCAUUGGAUUUUGGAGGCGGCGUUGUGGGACUAGCCAGAUUAGGUGCCAUGUGCACACUGGGUUCUGGGGGUGUGAACCAGGACUAUGAGUCACACCCAUUUGGACUAGCCACCACUAUGGCUCAUGAGAUGGGACACAACCUUGGCAUGGACCAUGAUGAAAACAUCAAGGGCUGCCAUUGUGAGGUCAGCAAGGUGCAAGGUGGAUGUGUCAUGCAAUCCAUGGGGUCUGAACAUGCCUACCCCAAGCAAUUUAGCAGCUGCAGCAAGGACAAUCUGCAGAAGUUUCUUAGGGGGAUUAUCUUUCGGCCAAGCUGCCUGACCAAUUUCCCAGACCUGGAGCAGAUUGAGGGAGGGCCUGUGUGUGGGAACAAGUUUGUAGAACGAGGGGAGGAGUGUGAUUGUGGCCCUCCAGAGGAGUGUGUGAACCAGUGCUGUAACCCUGUGAACUGCAGGCGGGCCCCAGGAGCUGACUGUGUAGAAGGGGAAUGCUGCGAGGCAUGUCAUAUCUCAGCAGCUGGAGAACUCUGUCGGGAUGCUCAGGACAUGUGUGAUCUGGCUGAGUACUGCAAUGGACGACAGGCUAAGUGUCCAGAAAAUGUAUUCAAAGAGAAUGGCACACCAUGCUGGGGGGGCUACUGUUACAAUGGGGCCUGCCCCACUUAUAAACAGCAGUGUGAGGCGCUCUGGGGCACAGGAUCACGUGUGUCCGCUGACAUAUGCUUCUGGAUUGGGCUACCCAGAGGAUGUGCACUAGCCGAUUAUCCUGCCAAAGAGGGUUUCAACAAGUGUGGGGACCUGCACUGCUCCAGGGCAAGCACAAAUCCCCCCUCCAGGGCUCUGUGCUCCUUCAUUUUGGGAAGUGAAAGGUGUGACCUGGCUCUAACCCAGAGCGAAAGCCAUAAUCAUUUUGAGAUUGUGGCCACUGGCACGAAGUGUGGUGAGCGGAUGGUGUGCUACCACAGACGCUGUCAGGGCCUCAGUGUCUAUGGCUCUGAGAACUGUUCCAGUCAGUGCCAUAAUCAUGGGGUCUGUAAUCACAAGAGAGAAUGCCACUGUGAACCAGGCUGGGCUCCACCAUACUGUCAGUCGAAAUUCUCUGAGCUCAAAUCAUAA